ACACGCCAACCCCUAACUCCCUCCCUCUUCUCUCAUCCCUCCUCCUCCUGUCGUUCAGACAGACUGUUUUUGCUGCAGUGAGCGGUAGCCGUGCCGAAGGGAGGAAAACGGCAAGAAAAACAGGAAGCCAGCGGACAAAUAACGCGAGCUAUAAAAAGAGGCCGCCAUAAGACACAUCCUACGGGACCAGCGCGCGAGUUCAAGAGCACCUACCUGACGCAGCGUGCGGACUUUUGAGGAGAAUAUCUCGGUCUCGUGAGGAUUUCGGAGAUCCGGACAGACGGAUGAUACAGUCCGCGCUCCUAACCAUGGCAUUCCCGUCAUUCCCGCGCAUCGCUGUGAGGAUUCUCAGCGCGCUCAUGCUUGUCACAGCUGCGGUCCACGGAAAUGAGAUGUUCGGUGAAGACGACCCUUUACAGCCAUCGGCGUCGGAUCAGACAGUGGCAGUGGGAGGGACCGUCAUCCUGACCUGCAACGUGGCUGCAAGCGACAACUCAUCGCUCCAGUGGUCCAACACGGCACAGCAGACCCUCUACUUCGGAGACAAGAGAGCUCUAAGAGAUAACCGUAUUCAGCUCUACAAGUCGACGCCCACAGAGCUGUCAAUCAGCAUCGCUGACGUGCAGCUGUCAGACGAGGGGGAGUACACCUGUUCUCUCUUCACCAUGCCCGUCCGCACCGUACGCGCUACAGUCACUGUGCUGGGUGUCCCAGGUAAACCGGUGAUUUCAGGCUUUGAGGAGCAGGUCCAGGAGGGGGGGUCGGUGACUCUGACCUGCAGCAGCACCGGCAGCAAACCUCCAGCCACGCUCCGCUGGUACAGAGGAGACCAGGAACUACAGGGCCGUCCUAACGUGGUGGAGUCUAACCCCGACGCCCCCACCUACACCGUGAUCAGUGAGCUCACCCUGACAGUAACUCGCGAAGACAACCUGCAGCCAAUCGUCUGCGCCGUAGAGCACGACUCCAUUCCCCUCGGAGACAUGAAGAGGACAGAAGAGCUCCUUAACGUACUGUACUCUCCUAGCGUACGGAUUCAGCCAUCCAGCGAUCUUCCCCGAGAGGGAGAGAAGUUCCACCUGGAGUGUGUGAGCGACGGCAAUCCAGACCCCGUCUCCUUCACGUGGGAGAAGAAGGAUGGAGACAUCCCCGCUGCUCUGGUGAAGGCGGACGGCAGCGCGCUGCGCUUCGAGGCGCUCAACAAGUCUGACAGCGGCGUCUACGUCUGCACCGCCAUCAACGACAUCGGAGAGGAGCAGACCCAGUACACACUGCUGGUGCAAGAAGCCCCAGACAACGCUGCAGACCCCACUGCCAUGUCCACCUCUUCAGGAGUAGACCACGCUGUGAUUGGUGGAGUGGUGGCAGUCAUCGUCUUCAUCAUACUGUGUAUGCUCAUCGUGCUGGGCAGAUACCUCAUCAGACACAAAGGGACAUACCUGACCCAUGAGGCUAAAGGUUCUGACGACGCCCCAGACGCUGACACGGCCAUCAUUAAUGCCGAAGGCGGCCAAUCAGGAGCUGACGACAAGAAAGAGUACUUCAUCUAAGCUCCGCCCCCGCCGGACUCCAGAGGCCUCAGCUCCGCCCACUCUUGAAGGAGGGAGGAGGAGAGGAGAAGAGAGGGAGGAGGAGAGAAAGCAAACAGAAUCAUGACAGAACUCAAGAACGAAUAAAAAAAAAACAUCAAGAAGCAGACACUGAACUCACUCCACCCGCAUCACACAGGACUGUUAGAUGCUGCGCUCACACACACACACACACACACACACACACACACACACACACUCAGAACCUCCUGCUAUCUUCCUGUUUUUUCCCAUCCCACAUUCCUACAAGUCUUUACACCUUGAACAUCUCGCACGUACACACACACACACACACACACACACACACACACACACAGGCGUGAUACAGUACAGAGCUGAUAUUACAUCUACAGCCAUUAAGGCAUAUGCGUCAAAACUCCAACAUGAACGGAUUCAACAGCACAACACUACACGACCAAAUAAAAUUCCAAACAACUCUACACAAGUCAAUAUACCUACUACACACACACCUCAACACACACACACACACACACACACACACACCUCAACAUACACUCAAACACC